GUUAACGGGUAACGGGGUAUCGGUGCAACUCCUCCUACACAGGCCCCCUUCCCCCCUUGCAGCUGAUUGCCACAACGGGACUUCUGCUCGUCACUCUCCCUGCGCUUUCGUCUUCUUUCCGCCCUGGGCACUUUUGCGACCUUGCCUUCUUCUCCUCAGAGAGGCUCCCGAACUUAAUAACGAAUGAGCAAAUCGAGUAGCUCCUCUUAGUGGCCAAUAAAAGGAGCGGGUGAUGCGCAUCUUGCCAGCUCUAAUCAGACGACAUCCACCCCUUUCUCGCUCCUUCAAGACUUAUCCAUUAGCCUGCCGCGCGAUGACCAACACAGGCGCAUCUGCUGCUCGUCAGCUCAUCUAUGCCUAUGCUGAGCCCUUCCUCCAGCCCGGUUCAGCCCCUGUUGCGGCGACUGGCUCUACCUCUGGGUCUUUGAAAGACUACGUGAAAGAUCUCGCAAGCAAGACAACCAAGCCAGAGUGCCUUCUUGGCGACAAACAGGCUGACAAUGUUGUCAGCUCUUGGCUCGACAAGGCAGAGGCGCUGUUCGGCGCCGCCUUCUCAUCAGUCGAUGCGAGCGUGCUUCACCCGCUCGAGAAGGAGGUAGAGCCUGUUGUCUACCUUGCACCAGGCAGCGUUGAACCGACAGCCGCGGAUCUCUCACUCUUCGCGUACCUCCACCCCCUGCUGUCCUCCCCAUCAUCCGCAAGCACGCAGCAUGCCUACCCAUCGCUAGCGCGAUACACAUCGCACAUCUCGAAUCUCUUCGCAGUCGCCAGUGCUGUGCAGAAGGCCAAGCUGGACAUGUCAGCUUUCGAGCCCGUGUACGAGGGUAUGCCAAAGAUCGAGCGUGUGGAUCUGAGCAAGGAGAAGGCGAAAGCGAAGGAGGCCAAAGCAAAGGCUGCGAGCAAGGGCGCUGCCGCUGGGGUGAAUGCUAAGCAGGACAAGAAGGAGAAAGCAACUACCGCUGGCGCCACCUCUGGCGCUGCUGAAGGCGAUAGCAAGUCCAAGAAGGAGAAGAGUGGGGGUAACAACAAAGGAGGAGCGGCUGCAGCAUCGGAGCCUUCGCGACCACUACCCUCGCAGAUCGAUCUGAGAGUUGGGAAGAUUGUGGACAUCAAGAAGCACCCGGACGCCGACUCGCUGUACCUUGAGACCGUCGACUUUGGGGAGUCGACCGGUCCGCGCACUGUCCUGUCCGGGUUGGUCAGGUUUGUGCCGAUAGAGGCCAUGCAGGACCGAAUGGUUGUUGGCAUCUGUAACCUCAAGCCAGUCGCGAUGAGGGGCAUCAAGAGCCAUGCAAUGUUGCUUUGCGCGACACACAAGGACGGUGCAGAGAAAGGAGGCGUGGAGCCCAUCUUACCGCCCGAAGGCAGCAAGCCAGGGGACAAGCUUUGGAUCGAAGGAUUUGAGGGCAAGCAACCCGAGGCUCAGUUGAACCCCAAGAAGAAGGUCUUUGAAACGAUCCAACCGGGCUACCUGACGACAGCAGAGCGAAAAGCAGGCUGGAAAGGCGUCGGGCCAGACGAGGACGCGGACUCUGCGGAGCCCAAGGUCCGCUUGAUCAUCGGCGAGAAUGGGCCAUGCUACGCGCCGAACUUCGACGGCGCGACACUCUCGUAGCAUGCUUGUAGCCUCGCGAUAGGGCAAGGGUAUUUUCAGCACGCUUGAUGGGUAUGCAGCCGCGUCUCUUCCUCUUGGAUAUCAAGUCUGGCUCGACUGAAACGAGGAUUGCUUGGAAGGCGCCGCUGUAGUGUACAAACAGUGCAUGCAAGAGAGGAAUUGAAGACAAAGCAAGCGGAG